AUGCCUAACAUGGGCGGUGGCAUGCCUAACAUGGGUGAGUUCUCCGGCGAGUUCCUCUCUUACCUCCGUCGCCAGGGCUUCCAAGGUCCCAACCCCGCAUUCAACCAAGGCUUUUUCAACAACAACCAAGGCGGAGGUGAUGCCUCGUGGAACCCUCACGGUGCCAAGCGCAGUCGACAGGAGUAA